AUGUCUUCCCUCAACACCCCCAACUUCGACGCUCCCCGUCCCAAGAGCAGCCGCGCCGGCUCAGACGCGAGCUCCAUCUCGGCAGGCUCAGAUACCUUCACUCACAGAAGAGCAGUCUCUACAGACUGCCCGCGCCCCUCGAAGCGCAAGUCGUCUCACUCCCAGACCGUCAACGUCUACACCCACUGCGGGCGUCACAGCUCGCAGUUCCUCUUUGGCGGCCGUUCUUUCACGGAUAUGGCCCGCAGCGUCUUCAAGCGGGACUAG